AUGCAAGCAUUUGUUCCUAGGUUGUAUCUGACUCCGGUCAGGGAUGAAGAAGCUGAGUCUCAGAGGAAAGCAAAGUCUCGUCAUGCCAGACAGACCCGCAGGUCAACACAGGGUGUGACUCUCACAGACCUGAAAGAGGCUCAGAAGACCAACAGUCUCUCUUUUCAAGACAAGCAGGUGGAGGAAGGAGUCUGCACUCUGAAUGACAGGUCCUGUCUGAGGAAAGGCUUGACAGAUGAGAGGAGGGUCAAGAUCGGCCUGACAGAGUCCACGGAAACAACAGAGAUCAGUCCGAGAUGGAGCAAACUAGACGAGCAGGGGAACAUUGAACCCAGGUUAGAAACUGUCACUGAGUCUCCGGUAGCAAACAUUUCAUAUUCGUCCAUUGAUGGAUCCUGUGGCCUGUCCUACUGCAACAAUUCCUUCAGAGUUAGUGAGAGAUGGUGGACAGAUGAGAAUCAGAACCCUGUGGAGGACGCAGCACAGAUGAGCUUCGCCACAAAGCAGCAACAGAGACGACGCUGCCAUGAUGUGGAAGGUUCAGACUUCAACACUGCAGAGAUGUAA